AUGUUAACCGCGUCCCGGGUAGUCUUCUCUGUGUUCACUCUGAUGAACGUCGUGCUGCUGAAUGGUGAUCUCCCAAGCGAAAGUGCAGUAUCUCUAGGAGGUGCCGGACCCAAGGCCCUGAGACAAUUGUCCCAAUUCACAUCAGACUCAGAUGCACAUGCAAGCCCAAAGGAUCUGAACAGCACCGGUCAUGACAAUGAUUGGGGUGAAGGAAAACGAAGUGAUGUUGCCAAUGCGGGAACUUCCAGUCAGGCAACUUCCAGUUCAAUAAAAAAACAACAGCAAAUGAAAAGGCAACAGGACGAUGAAGAAGAUGAUGAGGAAGACGAAGAAGACGACAGCAGUGAUGAGGAAGACGAAGAAGACGACAGCAGUGAUGAAGAAGAUGAUGAUGAUGACGAAGAUGAGGAUGAGGAGGAGGAAGAAGAAGAGGGAGGAAUAGAUGUAUCAGCCAUAUUAAAAGAACAUAUGUUUGUCGUGCCGAAAGAAAAAGUAAAGCUUUUAUUGGACGAAUGUCAUCGUAUACAAAAGUCGGAUUGUGACAGAGCGCUGGAUAAUUUAUUUGGGGAACUACACGACCUCUCCCUGCAGUGUGGGAUACCAAAGGAAGAGAAAAUGGCUUUAUGGAAUGAAUGCUUAGAUGAUAUAUCCAACGAUUUUGAAGAAAUUGAUGAUUAUUAUAAUAAUAUUUAUGAUUUUAAUAUGAAUGCACAAACCGUCGUGACAAUUUCUUUUGUUUACUCUUUAACGAACUUUCUGAACGUGUGGACAAAUACCAUAGAAGGAAUCGAGAAAAAGUGGUGCGCGCUCUUUGCGGAGAGGGCUUUCGAUUAUAAAGAUGCCGUUUCUAAGGGUAAGUUAGGCAAACCGAGAAGGCAGUCUUCACAGAAGGGAGAAGUGGCUACCACUUCGCAUGAGCCGGGAACGGAGUCUUCACAGAAGGGAGAAGUGGAUACCACUUCGCAUGAGCCGGGAACGGAGUCUUCACAGAAGGGAGAACCGGGAACGGAGUCUACUCAGAAGGGACAAGUCGCUACCACUUCGAAUCAGCCGGGAACGGAGUCUACUCAGAAGGGACAAGUCGCUACCACUUCGCAUGAAGUCGGAACGGAGGAUGCACAAAAGGAAGGAAUAGAUUCCAAGAAGGAGGAAACGGAUGCCAAAAAGUCCAACGAACAAUGA